AAGGCAUUGUGGUCCUGGUCUCUCUUGGCAACCAGGAAGCUUCGCGAUCCUCGGUCCGUGUAUUUCGUCGUCUUUUCGCGAGUUUUGUCGGCCGAAAUGGGGAAAUUGGGGCGGCCAAGCUUCUACACGCCGAACGAGGUGGCGAUACACAACACGCUGAAGGACCUGUGGGUGUCCUACCUGGGCAAGGUGUACGAUUUGACGCCUUUGGCCGAGGAACAUGCAGGUAAUGUGUUGCUGAAACCGAUCAUUGCAGAGGCUGGGAAGGACAUCUCCCAUUGGUUCAACAAGAAAACGAAAGAUAUCCGUACCCACAUUGACCCAGAGACCGGUUGUGAGAAGUACUACACGCCACACGGGCGCUUCAUCCACAUCCCGCCCCCGUACCCACGCACAGACUGGGCCAACGACUUUGGCCGGCCGUGGUGGAAGGACGAGAAGUACUACAUCGGAGAACUCUCACAGAAAACACGCUUCAUCCGGAUCCUCAACACACUCACGUCCCAGGAACAAACCAUUGAGGUUUGUUCUGAAGAGUACCUGUCUGAGAUCCUGGAGCGGUACCUGAAGUACAACGCUCACGCCGGCAGCUACACCUGGAAGUACGACGGCAAGAACCUGGACAUGGGGAUGACGCUGGAGGAGAACGAGAUAUUUGACGAGAGCGAAGACUUCUAUGUCCUGAGCAUGCAGGAGGAACAGUGGCUCCCGGCCAUACAUCUGUACUUUAAUGAUGAUCUGACUGAAGCAUAGAUUUGAUAUUAACGAAAACUUAAAUGGAAAAUAUGAUAUCUUUACCUAGGUUCCAGUAAUUUUUGAUGUUGUACAACUACAUGUAAGUAAAGUGGAUUUUUCCUUCAGAUAGACAUGAGA